AUGGGCCCUACUGGUACCAAUUGGGACUUUAUCGUCGUGGGUGGUGGUCCCGCUGGAUGCGCACUGGCAUCGACGCUCGCUCGCUCGGCGAAGCGACCUCAGGUGCUGCUGCUGGAGGCGGGUUGUCGGAAUGAGGACAAGAACCUGCGAGUCGAUGGCCAGCGGUGGACCACCUUCAUGAACGGUGACAUGAACUGGGGAUACAAGACCACUCCGCAGGAGCAUUGCAAUGGGCGGCAGAUUGACUAUUCCCGGGGGAAGGUGCUGGGCGGCAGCUCUGCCAUCAAUUUCGGCGUGUAUACUGUCGGCGCGCGGGAUGACUACGAUGAAUGGGCGUCUUUGGUCGGCGACGAGAGUUUCUCCUGGAACAGCAUGCAGAAGCGCUUCAAACGGCUGGAGACGUUUCAUGGCACCAUCGCCGAUGAGAAAAACGCGAAAUACGCCGGCCCCAAGAGCUCCGAUCACGGAUCCGGAGGUGACCUGCGCGUGGGCUACGCAGCUGAAUGGGAGCAGGAUCUGCCUCUCAUGAUGGAUGUCUUUGAGCAAGCUGGCCUUGCGCGCAAUCCCGAUCACAAUUCCGGUGAUCCCUUGGGCAUGGCUCUAGUGAUCAACUCCUCCCAUCAGGGACAACGCGUGACCGCGACUGACCUCUUGCGUAAUUCCCCUGACAACCUGUCUAUUAUCACGGAGACACCUGUCCGGCGUUUGAUACUCGAUGGAUUGAAAGCGAUUGGCGUGGAAACAGCCGGUUCUCAAUAUCCUGAUGCACUCUGGCAUCGGUCCCCGCGACCGAGCUCCAGAAAUUUCAGAUCCCCGUCGUCAAGAAUCUUCCUGCGAUCGGCCAGGGUCUUCGCGAUCACUUCUUCGCUCCUCUCUGCUUCCUCCGCAACCCGUCGACGAACGACCGCAACAGCUUCUUCGGUGACAGGCGGCGAUGGAUGCGGCCCCUGGAGCUGUGGAAAAAAGACGGCACUGGGCCGUGGGGCUAAGCAUUCGUGUCAGAUCGCGGCCGGAUGGUUCAAAUCUGAUCGUCUGACGGCGUCGCCGGAGUUUCAGGCUCUUCCAGCGGCGACGCAGGAAUUCCUGCAACGCGCGACCAUCCCCCAUUACGAGUUCAUGACGCACUUUCCCAUUCAUCUCAUCAUGCCCGAGGUCACCAAGGACUACAGCUAUGUCUGCCUGUUGGUUUUCUUGAUGAACGAGCAGUCCAGCGGCGAGGUUCGACUGCAGUCGGCCAACCCGGACGAUCCCCUGCUCUUCGACCCCAAAUUCCUCUCGCACCCGUUUGAUCGUCGCGCCUGUAUCGAGACGUUCCGCGAGGCGCUGCAGGUGACGAAGCACGAGGCAUUUACUAAAGACACCGUGUCGACGUUGAUUGCGCCCGCGUCCGAGUCGGACGAGGACAUUCUGGAGUUUUGGAAAAACACCCUCGGGUCGAGUUGGCAUAUGACCGGGACCGUGAAGAUGGGCAAGGUCGGGGACAGCCAGGCAGCGGUGGAUAGUAAAUUCCGGGUGUUUGGUGUUGAGAACCUCCGCGUGGCUGACAUGAGUGUUGUGCCUGUGCUGACCAACAACCAUACCCAGGCGACUGCUUACAUGACUGGGUUGUCGUGUGCGGAUGGCUUGAUCGCUGAGUAUGGUCUUGACGUAGCAUAG